CCGGUGAAAUGAUUGAAGAUAAAUUCUCAGAUGCAUCCAAGUCAGUAAUAAAAGUUCGAGCAGUAACCUAACUUCCGUUGAGCGGCCUCAGCUAGAAUUUAGUAUGCAUCUAGACAAAGUAUUGAAACAGUUUCAUGAUAACAAUGAUGUUUCUGCCGAGAGUUUGCGAAGCGUUGCCCUUGCCGCCACCAUGGCUACUACAGGCAUGUGCUACAUUGAAGAAUACGGAUUGUACUAUGACUAUUCUACCCGUUACUAUUACGAUCCGAGUUCUCAAUAUUUUUAUGAUCCCGAAAACAAGCGCUACAUGACUUAUAAUUCGAAGAAAGACUCUUAUGAAGUUUCCUUGCAACUUAACGAAGAGAGGAGCUUACAGCCCAAUAUUGAACCUUUUUCUUCACCCAAAAAAUGGAAGAGGGGCACUUUUAAGAAGAGCAAUAAAAAUAUUUUGUGCGCAAGGCUUGUGGCGUUAGCCGACGGCUUUAAUAUAAAGAAAGGGUCCGUUUAUGUUUUUGGCAGGGAAGGUGCGGGUAUUGGUCGGGAGUCGCUGCCUGGUACUAUACUUUGCAUUUCCAGCCUGCAGAUCAGCAAGCGGCACGCUAUGAUUAGUUUUGAUCUAGAGCGCAACACCUUUUAUAUUAAGGACCUGGGCAGUUUGCACGGGACUUUUGUUAAUAAUAAACGGAUUAGCGUUAGUCGUGCGCAGAGCAGAGAGAUUUACUUGCGUGAGUUAGACAAGAUCGUCUUUGCUGACGCUGUAGAAUUUAUCGUCCAUCUGCAUACCGGGACUAAGUGCUGCAGCGAAUGUGCUCAAGCCUUUGAAAAAGCAACGAGUCGCCAACAACCCGGAGUGUCGGGUGAUUUGGUUGUACAAGCCGAUCCAGUUUAUGUUUCAGACAGUAUUGCGCUUCCUUCAUUAUCUAGUGAGGAGGAACGAAGAGAAAGUAUGCGGCUUAUGAAAAAAAAAUAUGGUUUAUAUCGUGAAGAAAUUGGUAAGUGUGGGGCCCAUACAAUAAUAGUCGGCCUAUAAUACAAACUUAUAGUUGAUCAUAUAGUAAAGGUAUGUUUGCAGUAUUGAAUGUACCGCUAAUCUGACGAAUAAUUAUCCCUUGAACUGAAGCUUCUACCUUAUUUUACUUAUAAAUCAUGCUCUCUAAAUGUCUGGCCUUAACCCAGAGUAUAAGGACAGGCUGCUGCGCGCAGGAAAAAAUACCCGGGGUUAGAUAUCGGCGUUUAUGAAAAGUUUGUGUACCCUGUGGUUUCAGCUGGAGAACACGAGCCUCUUCCUGUAGAAAACAAAGGUUAUCAGUUGCUACAGGCGAUGGGCUGGACCGGGAAAGGCCUAGGCAAAAAUCAGCAGGGGAUGUUGACGCCUUUAGCGAUUAAGCCAUUGGAAGGCAAAGCAGGGCUGGGCGCUGAUAAAAAGUUAAAUAGUUCAGAAAAAGAAAAGUUAUGGAUGAAAGCUCGUCUGCGUUACGAAAACACAAAUACAGAAACCUAGUGUUAUUGGUUAACUAGCGCUUAUUAUUAAAAGUUAACAAGGCGA